AUGGAUGCUUUUGUAAGGGAAACUGGAGGGGACCCUGCUGGAAAAGGUUGCAGGCGGCAAAAAGACUCGAGACGAUUUUCAAUGGAAAGAAGAUCCCGCCGAUGGAUAUCAUCGACUUUGUCGACGUGACUUUGAUGAUGAAUAAGGAAGAGGGAGUGAGUGACACGUGGCACUCGCGGAAGAUCAGAAAGGGUUUCAGCUCGGACUCGAAAUCAAGAAUCUGAUGGUCGUGAGCAUGUCAUUCACUAGUCCAUGCCUUGUGAGGAAGCCACUGAAGUGGAGGCGUUAAUGAACACAUUUUUACUUCAGGGUCAAGUGAAAGUGGGCGACGUUUUGCUUCAUUUGAACGGCAAUCAAAUUCAGGCUCAGGAUAAGAUGUCAAAGUACCGAGUGGCAUCCAAUUCUUUUUCCAUUAUCAGUUCUCUUUUUCAGAUUAAUCCAAUCACAAUUCAUGGGUCAGCCGGUCGCGAAGGUUCUGGAAAUGUGUACUUUUAUUUAGAUAUCGGGCUCUUGUUUUCAGGUGACUUUCAAAAUGAUGCGCUUCAAAAGACACAUCGCCCGUCCUGCGACGUUUCCGCCUCUCGUGAGGCACGAAGGAUUCAAUAAUGAGACUCAUGUCCUGUACAAUCUGAAAGGAUUCUUCCAUCUGGGUCUUGACGUCAAAGAAAUCGAGGGAAAGGUCAGUCACAUUCCAUUCUGGCAUCUUCAGUUUUCCAUGUCUGCAGCUGGUCGUUUGCGACAUCGUUGAAAAUUCGUUGUCCGACAUCACAUUCAGUCUGGGAGAAGCGAUUCUUGACGUGGACGGAGAGAAGACUGCCACGUGUGUCGCCGUUCGUUGGCAGCCGUACUUAUCAAAGACUUUUUCGAGCAUUACAGUUCAACGAGAGAGUCAAAAAAUCAUUGGAAAUUCGGAACUUCUGUUUGGUCACUGUCGAAAUGCCCUCCACUGAUCCGCUCAAAAAUCUGCUGAGAAACAAAAUCUCGACUGCUCAGAAAGACGGACCGCGCAUCAACAGAAUACCGGCGGACGUGAAGGGAUUCGCAGCAGAAGGCAUUGCGAUCUUUAGAAAACACUGCAAUGAUCCUCUGAAGCCGGUUUGGAUGGGAGACAGAUUGAAGUGAAAAUGAGUCCAUCGACAGGCCGUUAACACUGAAACAUUUCAGAGUUUCGAAGGAGUGCCCAAAGGAUCCGACGCAUCUGAAAAUGGACGAAAAAGUGAAAGAAACGGACGUUCCGAGUGGAUGGAAUUCGUGUCUCUUCGUCCGAGUCAGUCCUAUAUAUCCCCUUUUCGAUUCUGUGCUUUUCUUUCAGCUGCCACCACUGAAAACCCUCGAGACGGAGACCUUGCCGCAGUGA